CAUCCCGAUGCGCUCACCGAGCCCAAACAGACGCAAGUGGUCGAGCCCAACCAAGAAGCGAAGAAGUCCUGUGAAUGCGACGCACGCACGCACGCCAAAUCGAGUGGCACCGAGUUUUGAGGUCUGGGGCCUCAGCCCUCAGCUUACUAGUGCCUCAGCUUACUGGUUUCUGGAGGCCGCGCCCGAAACAGCGGGGGAGGAGAGCGACCAGCGGAGUCCAAGGGGAAGGCGAAUGAGCGACGAGGCGGCGGCGCGGGCGGGGGUGGAGUCCAUCGGGCGGCGGCGGGCGCGGGAUGGGCGCGGGGCGGCGGCGGGGCAGGCGGCGGGGCCGGUGUGGGAGUUCGAGCGGGAUCUGGUGGCGGGGGCGGUGAUGGGGGGCGCGGUGCACACGGUGGUGGCGCCGAUCGAGCGCGUCAAGCUGCUGCUGCAGACGCAGGACGGCAACGCCGCGCUGCUGGGCAGGGCGCGCAGGUUCCGCGGCUUCGCCGACUGCGUCGCGCGCACCGUCCGGGACGAGGGGCUGCUCUCGCUCUGGCGCGGCAACGGCACCGGCGUCAUCCGGUACUACCCCUCCGUCGCCCUCAACUUCUCGCUCAAGGAUCUGUACAGGAACAUACUGAAAGAUGCCGGAACCUCAGCAGACGACAAGUUAGCUUCUAUCGCUCUUACCAACUUCUUUGCUGGUGCUGCUGCCGGAUGUACUACCCUGGUUCUCAUCUAUCCGCUCGACAUUGCCCAUACUCGUCUUGCUGCGGAUAUUGGCCGGACCGACACCCGCCAGUUCAGAGGCAUUCGCCAUUUUAUCCAAACCAUCUACAAGAAAAAUGGCAUCAGGGGCAUCUACAGGGGAUUGCCAGCAUCACUCCAUGGGAUGGUUGUCCACCGGGGCCUGUAUUUUGGUGGCUUCGACACCGCCAAGGAUGUUCUCGUGCCUCUGGAGUCCCCCUUGUGGCAGCGCUGGAUUACAGCACAGGCUGUCACAUCCAUGGCAGGGCUCAUCUCCUAUCCACUGGAUACUGUGCGGCGAAGGAUGAUGAUGCAGUCGGGGAUGGAGGUGCAGAUGUACAGCAGCACCCUCGACUGCUGGAGGAAGAUAUACAGGCUUGAGGGUGUCAGGUCGUUCUACCGCGGAGCACUGUCUAACAUAUUUAGGAGCACUGGUGCGGCUGCCAUACUCGUUUUGUAUGAUGAGGUCAAGAAGUUCAUGGAUAGGGGUAGGUUGUAACUGCUAUAGAGGGGUCCUUCACAGAUUUUUGGAUUCAACAUGGGGGGAGGGAUUAGGCCAAAGGUACAGGGAGCAGCAGCUCGAGCAUUUUGUAACUGAAUGCUGGUUUCCUACUUCUUACUAACCAUUUGAUGUAACUGAGCCUCAUGCUUCUAAACAAUGUAGCUUGUUCAUUUCACCUUAUGGUAGUUCUUCCCUUUCA